UCUGGACCCCGGAGCAAGUGGCUUCCGGUGUCAUGGCGCCCUGAGGUUUCGGGAGUCCGCUAGGCGGCUGCAGGCCUUUCCCUGCGGAGCCGCUGGUCCGGCUUACGGGGAUGUGACCACAGGCCUUUCCAGCCUGCCUCGGGCGUCGUGUCAGCUCCCUUGUCAGCGCCUCAGCCCACACCGAUGGCGGGGUCCGGCUGUGCGUGGGGAGCGGAGCCACCGCGGUUUCUGGAGGCCUUUGGGCGGCUGUGGCAGGUACAGAGCCGCCUGGGUAGCGGCUCCUCGGCCUCGGUGUAUCGGGUGCGCUGCUGCGGCACCCCUGGCUCGCCCCCCGGCGCUCUCAAGCAGUUCUUGCCUCCAGGAACCACCGGAGCUGCGGCGUCGGCCGCGGAGUAUGGUUUCCGCAAAGAGAGGGCGGCGCUGGAGCAGUUGCAGGGUCACAGAAACAUCGUGACUUUAUAUGGAGUCUUUACAAUCCACUUCUCUCCAAAUGUGCCAUCACGCUGUCUGUUGCUUGAACUCCUGGAUGUCAGUGUUUCGGAAUUGCUUUUAUAUUCCGGUCACCAGGGUUGUUCCAUGUGGAUGAUACAGCACUGUGCCAGAGAUGUUCUGGAGGCCCUUGCUUUUCUUCAUCAUAAGGGUUAUGUCCAUGCAGACCUCAAGCCAAGAAACAUAUUGUGGAGUGCAGAGAAUGAAUGUUUUAAGCUCAUUGACUUUGGACUUAGCUUUAAAGAAGGCAAUCAGGAUGUGAAGUAUAUUCAGACAGACGGGUAUCGGGCUCCAGAGGCAGAAUUGCAAAAUUGCUUGGCCCAGGCUGGCCUGCAGAGUGACACAGAAUGUACCUCAGCUGUUGAUCUGUGGAGCCUAGGAAUCAUUUUACUGGAAAUGUUCUCAGGAGUGAAACUGAAACAUACAGUCAGAUCUCAGGAAUGGAAGGCAAACAAUUCUGCUAUUAUUGAUCACAUAUUUGCCAGUAAAGCAGUGGAGAAUGGUGCAAUUCCAGCCUAUCACCUAAGAGACCUUAUCAAAAGCAUGCUGCAUGAUGAUCCAAGCAGAAGGAUUCCUGCUGAAAUGGCCCUGUGCAGCCCCUUCUUUAGCAUUCCUUUUGCCCCUCAUAUUGAAGAUCUGGUGAUGCUUCCUACUCCAGUGCUGAGGCUGCUGAAUGUGCUGGAUGAUGAUUAUCUUGAGAAUGAAGAGGAAUAUGAAGAUGUUGUAGAAGAUGUAAAAGAGGAGUGUCAAAAAUAUGGACCAGUCGUAUCUCUGCUUGUUCCAAAGGAAAAUCCUGGCAGAGGACAAGUCUUUGUUGAGUAUGCAAAUGCUGGUGAUUCCAAAGCUGCUCAGAAAUUACUGACUGGAAGGAUGUUUGAUGGGAAGUUUGUUGUGGCUACAUUCUACCCGCUGAGUGCCUACAAGAGGGGAUAUCUCUAUCAAACCUUGCUUUAAUUGAUAACCUAAGGACUAUUUCUUGUUUCUCCUCUUCCAUUUUCUGGAUCAUUAUAUUCUAUAUCUGAAUACAGGAGCACCCUUUUACCAUUUUAAAAGGGUGCUUUGUACAUUUAUUUAAUCCUACCAAUGUGCAGUCAUUGCCCUAGCAAUGUUGCAUUACAAACUUUUGGCACCGAGUAGGACAAGACCUCUCAGCUAUACAGUGAGGGGUUGUAGAGCAUCCAUGUGGGCAACCUUGUUUUGUGUAGUAUGGCAGGUGCUGCUAUUCCGUAUGUAACCUCCAAAGACAUUUUAUUUCAUGUGAUCAUAAAGCAAGGAUGAAUAAUACGUCAUAGUGAAUAUUAUUAACAAAUUUAAGGUUGGUGACAUCAAUUACAGCUUAUUCCCUUUUGUGGUCAGGUGGUUCUUAUUAUUGAAAUCCAUAACUGGCACUGGACACGCUCAGUAAUGUUAAGUAACUGUCAAGCAGCAAUUACCUACUGUGUUCUUAACACUGAGUUAUGAAUUUUUUUUAAAAGGAGUACUGUAGUACCUGAUAUUCCUUUAAAGAAACUGCAGUGAGCCUAUCUGCAUUUUUAAUUAUUAUUAAGGCUUUUAAAAUAGAAAGCUGAUGCUUGAUCUUGCACAAUUUUUAUGUCUAGUAUGUUUGUUUGAGUGAGUGUGCAGGUUGAAAGAUUAGAGAAAAUUUGAGUCCGUGUACUUAAUAGUGUGACUCUUGCGAGCCAAUACAGUCUAUACCCAUAUCUUCCCUGCCUGUUUCAUACCUGUAAGAUUGAAGUUAUAUGUAUUUUGAGAGUUGAUGUGCUGAUAGAAUGUAAGUGAUGGAAAAGUUCAUUCCUGAAAGCCUCAGAACAAAAUGGAGAAGAGACUAAGGUUAUACUGAAACUCCUCAAGUGAUUGGAAUAAAGAAGGAGUUUUGGUACAUGAAAAUGAUCCCAUUCUUCAGUGUACUUUUAGAACCUGGGUUGGCUCAUCUUUUUUGUAUUGAAUCUGCUAUGAUAAUUAUAAAAUUUCUCAAGAUGUGCUUCUACCUAUUAUAAUGAAAAAUUGAGGUAGAUUAAAAAGAUUAGGUGUAUAUUGAGAGGAAAAGAAAAAAGGCAAAGAGCAUCAUCAAGGAUCCUGUGUUUCUUCUUUUCUGUCUCUUGUUCCUCUCCCACAGCCGUUUUUUCCCUUCCCCUAUUUUGUGCCUCUGUUCUUAGCUGAAGAGAAGCCCGAGGAGCAGCAUCCCAAGUGGUCUAGCUUUUGACUGUAUGGAAGUAAAGGAAGGUGUAGAUAUAAUAAAGUAGGAGUAGAAAGAAAAGAAAAAAACAGUUCUUAAAAGAAUUCCUAAUAUGUCUCUGUGUAGAGAAUGCCAGUAUGCAUGACUUUGUGGAACAGGUUCAUUACAUGGUAAGAAUUCUAAGUAUGAUUUCAUACCAUAUGGUAGAUUGUUUUUUAAAGUAUAAAAACAAGAAAAUCUUUAUAAAGUACUGAGUAUACAAAAAGGACAAGUUAUAUAUGUUAUGAAUUUUUUUCCUAUUUCCUUACCUGAAUGAAAUUAUUUAUUUUUUCUUAACGGAAAAGUCUUUCAUAUGUUUUCCUGCUGGAGCCUCCUUAUAGUCUUUCUUUGUGAGUGCCAUGCAGGUUACUGAGAGCCUGACUAGAAUUUGCAUGUUUAAACAAUCACUAUUUGACAUUUUAGUUACUAUAAUAAUCAGAAUUGUUCAGGACUCUCCCUUAAUAUUUAUUAUGAAGCCAAAUUUGGUAUAAGGUGGCUGACUUAUGAAUUACCAAAAGGCCUUUAGCAUGGUCCCCAGUACGUGCCCUUAGAAAAAACAACUGAUUUUCUUUGUUUUGCCCUUUUAGGGGUUGAUUGGUUGAGUCGUUGUUAAGUCAGAAUUCAAAAGAGUACAACCAGUAUUUUGAAGACUUAAUCUUUCCAUGUAUAUUUCUAUGGGUAGCUGCAUUGUGGCAGUUAGAAAUAAUCCUUUACUGAUAAACACACAAUAAAGAUGAAUUUUUUUUAUGAUCAGGAAUUUGAGGUUAGCUCAUGUACCUCUUCCCCUGACCUAUAGGGAAAAGAGAAAUUCUUGCAAAUAAACUGCAGGUAAGCUUCUGAGCUUACUCGUGCAGUAUGCUGCUAACAUUGAUGCUGCACUUCCCAGCAUUCUUUGGUCACCGUCUUAUUGCAGAUUAUUCAUACAUAUGUAGUGUGUAAUACUGUAGAAUUUUAUUACAGAAGAUUCUAAUUCGAUUUUAAGGGAGCUGAGGAAGAAGUGAUGAGCCUGAAUAACCAUGCAUUGAAUUAAAUAUUUUAUAUUAAAGUCACAGAAUUGAAAAAAAGACAUCUGCUAUGAUUUAAAUUGUCAUUUUAUAGCUUUUAUCCCAUUCUACCAAAGAUGACAUUUGCAGGUUCUUCCACCCUUGUGUUAUUAGAAGUUUAAUCUUAAUGUUUUUCUUAAACUAGAACCAAAUAUUAUUAAAGAUGCAGUUUUCACGAUUCUUUUAGGAUGGAAUAUAUACAUAGUAAUUUUGAUUCCUUGAAGUUACUGAAAAAUUAGAAAUUUUCUAGAGAGGCAGGGUAAAGAGCUGGGAGUUCAUGUCGUUUUGAGCAGCUGUUUUGGGCCAAUUUAUCUCAGGUAGUUUAUUUUUCCCUAAAUUAUUAUGUGUGCUUCCUUUCCUCUCACUUUGCCAAUUUCUUCUUUAUUGUUCCAUGGUAUUGCCGUGGCAUAUUCUGCCCCAGAAAAAGCAUAUAAAAUGAUUAUAGAAAAUUGGGGGUUCUUUGGAAACGUAUCUGGAAGUGGAAAUGAGCUCACCACUAUCAAAAUUAUAGUGGUGUAUUUAGAAAAGAACAAGAAGAGCGCAACAGUUUGUUAAGUUAGCACUAGCUGAAAGUAAAUGCAGUAAAGGCUGCAUUUGAAAGAAAUUGAAAUAGAUUGUCCUCUUGCAAGAAGGGAUCAGCAUUUUUCACCACUGGGUGUCUUCCUUGUUCUUAGCCAGCAGCACAGUAGCUGUCUUCAGAGUAAUUCCUUUUCUGCUACCUUGAGCCAAAAGUAUUUCUGCUUCUAAGACAUAAUCCAUACAUACAGUUGUACUCAUGCUGUUCUGUUUUGAGAGAAGUAUGGCCUCUUUUUUGGUACUCCCACUGCUAAGGAGUGCUGCCACAUAGAGGAAGCUGGGCAUAGUAUUUGUUUCCAUCUUAUUACACUGGACUUUCCCCCUAGUAAGGGCAGUAAUUUUCUGGAAUAAGUGAAAGGCAGAGUUAGAGCAUUCAUCAGGUACUUCAUGGUUCUUUUGAGUUCAUUAAUUUUCAUAAAUUCUACUAUCGGUUGUACUUUGCAGUAUGGCAUUUUACUUUUUAUAAUUAUAAUGCAAUGAAAUCAGCACCAUAGUAACUGAUUAAUUAGAAUAACAGUUACUGGACAAGGGAGUUAGGGAGACAUUCGGUAAAAGAUACCACACACUCAUGCAAGGGUGUAUGGUAGAUGGCUUUAUUCAGAUUAGGGUACAGACGAAUCACAUCAGGACCUUUAUUCUAGUGGAUGUGUAGAUAAAAACUAGAGCAAGUGCCUUGUUUUUCCUGGAAAAUAUUAAAACUCAUUUGAGAGAAAACUUCCCAAAAGAUGAUUAAUUGUACUUUGCCUUUUUCUUGGAACAACUUUUAGAUUGAGUCACAUAAUAGAAAAAUCCAAAAUUUCCUUAGUGAUGUUUUUGGAAUAUGUAAAUCUAUUCAUAUUUGCUUUUAUUCCAAUAUUACAUAUAAUGGAAGAGCUUAUUAGGCAGAAUAUAAUUCUUCCUUAAAUCUAGUUCUAUAUCUGAUGUCAGGUUCCUUCCUCAAAUCUUACUACUAUAGCUCUGUCAUAUCAUUUACUUGUCAAAUUUAAUCACAUAUAGACCAUUUCUUGGUCAUAGCUCAAAAGAAUUCUUAUGUCUUAAGGUGCUUGGUAAAUCGUCUUUAUUUUGGGAUGGCAUCUUUCAAGUUACCGUAGCACCACAUAACUAAUUAGUUUUCACAGUGAGUUUGCACAUGUUAAGUUGCCUUCAUUUGCAGCUCCUGUCAGCUUCCUGUGGUAUAUUUAGUUUUUAUGUAGUUAAUCAGGAACAUGGACAUUUUACUUUUCAGAGUACCCAGAAUUUUAAAAGAUUUAAUUUUGUUUUAAUUUAGCUUCUUUACUUGAUACCAUAAAAAGGAUAUCGUAUUUGUGAUUCUGGCCACUCUUCCCCCACCUGCUGUUUUUCAUUGUUAAAUUGUAUGCUUACCAGUGACAUGCAGUUGACAAAUACUAUGGAUAUUUAAGAAGGAGGUUAAUAAUUUUUAAUAUUUUUGCUGUAAUUUUAUAGGAUAAAUGACUAAAAAUUUAUAAACUAGAAAGCAUUUAGGGAAUUUUAUAUUUUAUAAGUGGUCAUGGGGAUGAUCUUCAGGAUAUGAUAGUUUUCACAAACUUUGUUCUGAUCCAAAGUUUUUAUUCAUUUCCUAUUGUCAGCACUUUUGUUCUUUGUACUGCUUACGGUAUUUUACAUUUGCUUUAUUUGUGCUUUUCAGAGAAUUAUAAUCAUGGCACUUAUGUUUCUGGUACCAUAAAUGCUGAAAUUCAUGGGAAAAUGAUCAAACAGUUGCCUGAAUAUUAUUUCCCAUUCAAUUGGGUAGCUGCCACUAUAACCUGAAGAAUAUUGAUGGCUCAAUUGGAAACCAUUUAUGUUUUAUGAACUAAGUUCUUAGUAUUGUACUUAAAGGCAAAGAGAAGCAUCCUUAACUUGCAUUACAUGACUAUUAAUUUUUGUCUUGCAGAAGAAAACUAAUAUUAUUAAACUGUUUUAUAUGAUGACAGUGUCACAUUCUAGGGGGAAAAAACUGGAAUUGUUCAUUUUUGAUUGCUUCUUUUUAGAAAACCCUCAUAGUAAAAAUCAGAGCUGCUUGCUUCCGUAAGGUAUUGAUUAUUAAUGAGAAUUAUUUGUGCGCCCCCCCCUUCAAAAAAAAUCCCAGAUUGGAUUCUCCUUCCUCUUGUUGCUUAUGUCUCCUUAGUAAUAUUCAUGAUGUUAGGACAUGAGUUUAAAAAAAGCAAGUGUAAUAAGGUAUUCUAAAAUGAUGCAUAUUUGGAUUCAAAUUCUCUUCAAUCAUUUGAAAUAUCUAUAGUUGUUUUAUUUUAUUAGCAUGGGUUUUCAGAAAACUGCUAAACUUAAUAAGGAAGAAAAAGAUUGAGGAUGAGGAGAAGAAAAUGGCUCCCUUACUGGCAUUAGUAAUCUUCCAUGUGGCUAAUGAUUUUUAAAUGUUUAUUUUUUAACCUGUAGAUUUCAUACCUAUAGUGUAGAAACAUUGCCUUUCCUAUACAUUCCUUAUACUUUCCCAGAAAAUUGUUCUAAGAGCUUAUGAAACCAGAUUAAAUAUCCAUAUUUGAUUUAUCUGAUUUUUAAGAGUAAAUAUUUCAAUUUCAGCUUUUGUAUAUUUGGUGUUCAUUGCCAUUCAUGUGCAUCAAGGCUCAGAAAGAAACUGGAGAUUAACCAUGUUUCCCUUUGCACACUGGGUACAGUGGGUGGCGUUAGUAUGCACUAGCUACAAAGUACUGCACCUUAUGGAACUAAGUGGGGUUUAUUUAUAGUCAUAAAAAGUUAAGCUGCACUUCUAUAUAUUACUUACUUGGCAGAGUGUAGAGCCACAUCUUGCCCAGCAGGAUUUACUCCUCCAUUCUUCAUUCUUCUUUGAAUAUCUUAAAUAAUUUAACAUUCCUUAAUGUCCUCUAACAGUGUCAAAUCUGGGGUAGAAGGGAUUUUUCUCUCCAAAAGGGCUUUAGUUUUGCUGUAUUUUUAAAUCACUUUUAGAAAUCCAGUUAUGAUUAAUAAAUUAUGGCCUCCUGUGUCAGCACUGAAGUGGUAGGUUAUAAUACUGAAAUCUACUACUCUGUUUCCCUUAUUAACACGUAAUUGCUGUGCUUUGAUAAAAAGGUUUUUGGUUAGAAAAAAAUGUGAAAGAUCACUUAAACCAAAGCCAGUUACUAGGAGUAUUUUCUCCUGUUGGUUUACCUUCACCUCAGAAUUACAAGAACAUCACAAUACACAGUAAAUAGUUGUCUAUAACAUUUCUACCAGUUGUUUCAAUUGGUCUUGGCAUUUCUUGGCACUAUGGUUCUAUGUUUUUUGUGACGUCAUAUUGUUUGUGAGGUUUUUUCUUAAUAAGUAAGUGGGACUGUAAAUGUAGAUGUUUGUCAGAACCAAGAAGUUCUUUGUUCAAAUCUUUAAAUUUCUGUUUUUAAACUUGUUCUUUUCUGCUGAGUAGCAAAGGACUUUCAUUUUCCACUUUUCCUAUAUACCUAAAAGUAUGAACACUGAGUUUCAAUGGACUGUAUUGUGAACUUUUUGCUGAGAACUUUUUUCUGUAAACACAAUUGCCUUGUUCAGUUUUGUUGUAAACUGACUUACCAUAAGAUGCACUGUUGAUAUGCUUUCUGAUGUGUGUUUGAUAAGAGUGAUAAAAUAAAACAAAAAUAAAGAAA